CUCAACAUCCAAAAACAACCUUCUUUCCUCCUAAAAAUAAGCCCCCACAAUGUGCUCCAUCUCUGGUCUCAAGCACAUUACCUUCUUUCUUCCUAUCUCCUGCCUUUUCUCCCCUUUUCUUUUCCUUCCUCCCUUUUUAUCCUGAAUUUCUUUCUUUCCUGGGAGGAGAUCACCGGAAUCAUCAAGGCAAUUCCCGAGCACCAUCGACAGAUCUUUCCAGUAUGUUGGGUAUCUCUAAAACAGCAUCAAUUAAUAUGGGCAAGGCCUACAAAUCUUUGGUCACCAAUGUCACCAAAUGGUACCCUGAUAAUCAUAAAGCUCUAUCCCACAAAACGGAAGAGGAAGGAAAGAUAAAAGAUCCCGACAAGGCACAUAAGGCCGCAAACGAAAAGAAGCAAGUGGAGAAAUCUGAAAAUAAUGAGGAUUCGACGAGAAGUGCAGAUGGUGAUCGGAGCAUCGACGAAAACUUCUUUUCACGUCCGUUUUCUCUUGCAAAGAGCUUAAGUAGGAGAAGCCGAACACCUUCGGCUAGAUCGUCUUCCUCUGGCCCUUUGUCAAAGAGCCAGACCAGGGAAAGCCUGGGAGAAUCUGAUGGCCAUGGUUUAUUAGGAAGCGAGAGUCGAAACUCCCCUUCUUCUCUUUCAGGAAGAAAUAGUCAGAGAAGCAAGUCAGUAAUUCAAAGGAGGCCAUCAGAAGAAAUAGAAAUACCCAGCUUGUCGAGGAGUACGAGCAGGAGUGCUAACCUUGUUAAGUUCUCUCACUCCAUAGCACGGAGGAGACCUCCACCAGUCGAGAAAAAGCUUGACUGCACGCUGGAGGAGCUGUGUUUUGGUGGCGUUAAAAGGAUCAAGAUCACUAAAGAUGUAGUCUCGAAAGAAGGGUUUGUUUCUUGAACUAGAAGAAAUAGUUUUGCUAAAGAUUUAACUUGUUAUACUGAUGAGACUAUUUUUGAGCAGGUUUAUUGUCACGCCCCAGAACCCAAAUCCGAAGACGCGACAGACGCUGUGCACCCGUGAGACGGGUCCCACGAAUGCACAAGGCUCAAAACUUAUCCAAUUCAUAAUCUGAUACCACCAAAUCUCAAGAUAAAAUUUUUACAAUCUGCUCUGAUAUCAUAAAAUCUCCAAAUACACUCUAGCUUACAGAAUCAUAAUCUGUAUCUAAAAUCUAUAUCAAAUUCCAGGUGACUAGCCUUCUAACUCGUCACUCCCCUCGGUUUCCCCCGUCCUCAGUAUCGCUUCCUAAAAUGGUGGACAAGGAAAACUAUGAGAUAACUCAGUAAGUAAUUAUGGAUAGCCCUUGGGUAAAACUUUUAAGCAUGCCAGAUAAACCAUGUAAGUAUAACAGAACUUUCACUGAUAAACCGUUAAUGCGGAAAUCAAAUCCGGUUCAAUAGCAAAACGUUCAAUGACAAAACCGUCAAUACAAAAUCAGAUUCAGUUCAAUAACAGUGUUUCAUGACAAACCGUUCAUGCAGAAUAAAUCUCAUCAGUAGUC